AAGCGGGAUCAGUGCAUCGUCGUGGACCGUGGAGAUCACGUGCACGAGAAAGGAGAGCGUCUUCUUCUUUUCGGCGCGAUAUACAUUUCCGUACGAAUUUCCCGUGUGGAUACAACAUUCGUUGGUGUAACGCGCGUGUAAUUGGCCUUGAGAGAUGCUGCUCUUCGUUUGGAUACUUUACCUUUGUACGAUAGGCGCUCAAGCUGCGACAAACCGCGACGGCCACCCGACGACGGUGCAAACUUUCGAGAACAAGACGGUCUUGCUGCCUUGCUACGUGGAGGGUAUACGUUCGCACGAAACGAGGGUGAGAUGGUGGCGAGAGGGGGUCCUCCUGGCUGAUAGCGUCGUUCAGGAGCAGCCGUCGUCCGAGCGAGUCACCCUGUAUACCAACGGCAGCCUGCGGAUCCUCCAUGUGCAGAAGGAGGACAGCGGGGAGUAUGUGUGCCAGGCGAUCAGGCCGUCCCCCUGGGGACACGUCACGCAAGUACACGAGAUCGAAGUGAUCUAUCCACCCAGCGUGGAGACGGUGCCGGCGUCCGGCGAGCUGGAGGUCAAUCUAGGGGAGAGGGUGGAAAUGCAAUGCGUGACGAAGGGUGUACCGGCCCCUACCAUAAGUUGGAGGACGAAGAACGAGGAAAUCCCAUUAUUGGACUCUCGAUCACACUUGAAAUUUCAUGCCGACAAUUGGAAUUUUUCCGGCACGUAUACCUGCGUCGCCACGAACGGAAUCGGGGAACCCGCGCAGGCGGACAUAGAGCUACGUAUCAGAUAUAAGCCGGAAGUCUACGUGCAGAGACAUUGGGUGCACGCGUAUCCGGGGUUACGAGUAAAGCUGGAUUGCAUGGUAUCCGCCUGGCCCGAGGCGAAGGUUGAAUGGUUUUUCAACAACAAGACAUUGGAGUACUCGUCGCGGAUAAUGAAGCACAACACCGACAACGAUCACAGCCUAUUUAUAAGGCAAGUAGAGACGGACGAUUACGGUUCAUACCUCUGCCGAGCGGUGAACUCGUUGGGUGUCACCGAGAAGAUGAUCGAGCUGUCGGGGAUCGCGAAUUCGGCGGUGUUCAAGAAGGACUCGCACAACAUGACCAGCACGUCGUACUACUUUGUUUGGCUGGUCGACAGUUACAGUCCUAUUAUCGAGUACCAGUUUUGGUUCCGCAAAUACAGGAGAGGUGGUGGCGGUGAAUGGCACAAAUUGUAUAUACCUGGCGGUGGCAGUGUGAUCGUCAGCCCGGUGCACAUAGGCUCCUUCAAUCUGACGGGGUUGGACGCGGCGACCCAUUACGAGGCGGUCGUUUUGUCCAGAAAUCGUUACGGAUGGAGUCACCCCUCGGAGAUACUGCGCUUUCACACUGAAGGAGCCCCUGUCGAUUCCAGCGAAAAUUCCGAGAUGGAUGGCGAUCAAGAGCAGAACAGGAUAGCAGUCGUACAGCUCUCAUCCAUGUCGCAGCAUUAUCUUCUGACCACGGACGCAAGUGGAUCGAUUUAUAAUCGAGCGCAAAUCUUGUUGUUGAUAUUAAGUACGUUUUGUACCUUACUUAUAACACGCUCACAGAUUUUAACUAAUGUUGUAUAAAAUGUGGAGAAGAAUAUAAAGUGCGAACUGUUGUAAUUUAUGCGUACAUGAUACGGCUAUUGUUGAAAUAUUAUCAUUGUCAGUCAUACGUUUGCGAAUCAUUAUGUCGAUGAAUCAUCUUCAUUAAAUAGAUAUCGCAACAUCAUUCGUAUAGUCAUUACGUAGUUAGUGUCAUUUCAUUUUCAGAGUCUCAAAUAAUGCAAAAAAAUUAGUAUAAAUUUUUGUUAUCUCAUGAUUUUAUCUUGAAAUAUUGCAAUUGUGCGAACAAUUUGUAUAAUUAAAGCAAUAUAAAAUAAUUAUUAGUUAUCUGCGAACUAAUUUCGUCGGUAAACUCUGCCGCACAAUUCUGAACCUGCUUUUUACCACUUGCGAGAGAAAUAUAUCGUCAGUCGAGUUCAGUUGCAGAAAUUUUGCUUCGAGACAGGAUUUGUCUCUGCAAGUUCUACGAGAGCUGCAUUAUCGACGAAUAUUGUUUUCUUGUUCGGUUUUUCCUCAUAAUUUAUUUCCUUUAUCUCAUCCCCGUAUCUUUCCCAGAUAAUCUCGGUAUCGAAAUAACAUACGUGCGAAAAUAUUGACAAUGGGUUUUACUGACAGGACAUCGUAAGGAGUCAUAAUGAAAUGAAUUUAAUUUAAAUGUUGUACAGCCAGUGAGAGAAAAAAAAUGUAAUAAUUCUGGAUCUUACUGCUUUGACUGGUUGUAAAUUGUUUUGUAUUCUUGUACAAUUAUCUUAUAAUUAUAUAAUAAUAUAGUAUAAUAUUAAUAUUAUAUCAGACAGAUUCACACAACGUCCGCAGUAUGGAAAAGGGAUGAUUGGCCCUUUUUUUUCUUCCUUUUU